AUGAAGAUGAUAGUACUAAGGACGAUGAAUUAGAUUUAGUAUCUGAUUUGAGAGAGAGACAGAGGAGAGAAACGCAAGAGCUACAAGCUAAACAACGCGUUGUAACAAUAAAAGCUUUCGUGAAUUAA